AUGACUCAAAGCUUCAUUGGAGCAGAAAAAAGGCGACUCGAUCAAACAAAACAGGGUAAGAAGAAUUGGAAGAAAUGGGGAACUUAUGUCUCUGAGCGUUGCUGGGGAGUUCCAAGAGAGGAUUAUACUGAAUCUGGUGAUAGUUGGCAGUUUGAUUUUGAUAUGUCAAGAAGUCGAGCUUUCCGGUGGACCGAGCAGGGAAUAGCCGGUGUUUGUGAUGAUCAUCAGAAUGAAUGCAUUACAAUGGCAUUGUGGAAUGGAAAAGAUCCGUUUCUUAAAGAUACUUUAUUUGGUUUGUCAGGGGGUGCUUCACCUCAGAGUGGCAAUCAUGGGGAGGAUGUGAAAGAGCUUUAUUAUUAUCUUGAUAACACACCAACUCACUCAUAUGCCAAGUUUUUGUACAAGUAUCCGAUUGGCAAAUUUCCGUAUGAUGAAAUCAGAAGGGAGAACGAGAAAAGAACAAGAAAGGAUCCGGAGUUCGAAAUUACCGAUACCAAUGCCUUUGACAACGGUAAUUACUUUGAUGUGUUUUUUGAAAUGGCUAAAAGUGCUGAAGAUGAGGAUGAAAUCAACUUCAGAAUAACUGCUUACAACAGAUCAAGUUCACCUGCACCGUUGCACAUUAUUCCACAGGUUUUCUUCAGAAAUGUCUGGGCCUGGAACUUAGAAGAGAUGAAAGAUAAGCCAAAGCCUUUCUUGCAAAAGCAUUCUGACUUCUCAAUGAAAUCAAGUCACUGGAUUCUUGGGGACAGGGAAAUAGUUUUUGCUCCUUCACCAGGAGUUUCUGAUGAUUCGGAAGAUGUUCUACCGCAAUUCCUGUUCUGUGAUAACGACACCAACUUUGAAAAGCUUUAUAAUGUGAAGAAUAAGACCAAGUACUGCAAGGAUGGUUUCCAUGAAUAUAUAGUCAAUGGCAACAGAAAUGCAGUUAAUCCAGAGAAUUUGGGUACUAAGGCCUGUGCAUUGUAUAGUUUUGUCGAUAAGGGAGGUGUCGCACCUGGUGACUAUGUCACCGUGAGGUACAAACUUACCAGUAAGAUUGAGGAAGGAACUCCUGAGCUGAAUGAAGACUUUAUUGACGAGAAUAUUGAGCACAGACGGGAGGAGGCUGAUGAAUUCUAUUGGGAUAUUACACCUCUUCCUCUCCCUUCAAACCUUAGAAAUGUUCAGAGACAGGCAUUCAGUGGUUUAAUGUGGUCCAAGCAGUUUUAUCAUUUCAUACAUAGCUAUUGGUAUGAAGGUGAUCCUAAUUCUCCGAUUGCACCCGUAAUUGGAAGAGCUAAUGGAAGAAAUAGUGAAUGGAAGAAUCUUCAUACUAGGGAUAUUCUCUCCAUGCCAGACAACUUUGAGUAUCCCUUCUUUUGCUCCUGGGAUACUGCCUUUCAUACAAUUCCCAUUGCAAUGAUUGACCCAGAGUUUGCAAAGAAGCAACUUGAUUUAUUGACGAAAGACUGGUAUAUGUCUUCUAAAGGUCAGAUUCCUGCAUAUGAAUGGAAUUUCUCGGAUACGAAUCCUCCUGUUCAAGCAUGGGCUGCUUAUCGAGUUUACAAGAUCGAGAAAAAGAUGACAGGUCAUGCUGAUAGAGUGUUUCUUGAAAAAGUGUUUCAGAAGUUUCUGAUCAAUUUCACUUGGUGGGUGAACCAAAAGGAUGCUGACGGUAACGGCAUUUUUGAUGGAGGAUUUCUUGGUCUUGACAACAUUAGUCUUUUUAACAGGUCAGAGCCGCCAGCAAAUGUUGAGCUAUUUCAGUCUGAUGCCUCCGGCUGGAUUGCGUGGUAUUCUUUAACGAUGAUGAAUAUUGCAUUGGAGUUGGCCAGAGAUAAUCCUGUGUAUGAGGAUAUGGCAUCUCGCUUCUUUGAGCAUUACUUACUCAUAGCAGAUGCAAUGACAUUCCUUAAUAAGUCAGGACACGAUAAAGAUGGGAAGCCCACAACUGAGUCAUUGUGGGAUGAGACAGAUGAAUUUUUCUACGACAGAAUUCACUGGGGCAACAAUCAUACCAGUCCGAUGAAAGUUCGGUCGUUAGUUGGAUUGAUACCGUUAUUUGCAACCACAACUUUGGAGCCGGAUAUUCUGGAAAGGUUUCCUCAAUUUAAGAGACGGUUGACAUGGCUAGCACGAAAUAAGAAGUACUUGUUGAAACGGCAUAUUUCCCUCAUGGAGGUGAAGGGAAGCGGCGAUAGAUACUUACUUUCUUUGGUUAACGGUAGUCGAUUGGUAAGCAUCUUAAAAAAGUUAUUUGAUGAAAAUGAGUUUCUUUCCCCCUAUGGCAUAAGAUCGUUAUCCAAAUAUCAUGAGGAUCAUCCGGUUUCUAUGACAAUCAACAAUGAAACGUUUUCCAUAGAAUAUCUUCCCGGGGAGUCUGACUCUGGUAUGUUCGGAGGAAAUUCCAACUGGAGAGGGCCAAUAUGGUUUCCAAUAAACUUUCUUCUGAUCGAGUCAUUGCUUAGAUUUUAUUUGUUUUAUGGCUCGACAUUGAAGGUUGAGGUUCCAACAGGAAGUGGAGAGCAGCUUAAUUUGGGUCAAGCUGCGGAAGAAAUUCAGCAAAGGCUGAUUCAUUUGUUUGUUCCCGAUGCAGAUGGAUACAGAGCAUACAAUGGAAAGCCAAGCAAGGCAGACGAUAGUGACAAAUUUGCUAGGCAUCACAAUGCCUCCAUCGACAUGUUGAAUAAAGACGAGCACUUUAAAGAUCUCUUAAACUUCUAUGAGUACUUUGAUGGAGAUACAGGACGUGGUCUGGGAGCAAAGUGGCAAUGUGGAUGGACAGCUUUGGUUGCAAGAAUGAUUCAGGAUGUUGGUGUCAUCUGUAGAGCCCCGAAGACCCCAGUUGGAAGAAAGUCUUGCUGCAGUGAGGAUGAAAUACAUAAGUAUGAGCCUGCAACGUCUCCUUAUCCACUUUGCAACAGAAGAAAAUCUGGAAGAUUACUAUUCGAUUUGACCGCCCAGAAACUGGAAAUGGGUGAGGAGGAAGCCAAGCAGCAUAUUCCUCCUGGUGUUAGUAGACGGAAUUCAGUCAAGAGUACAUCCUCUGCUACAUCUCAAGAGUUAGAUCAAAGAAGACAUGAUGCAUUCCUUAAGCAGGUCCAGGAAGCUAUGGCGCAUUUCCAGAUUUCACCCGAUAAAGUCAAUAUUAGCAGCGAUGAGUACGAGACACAUAUAUGA